AUGAAUUUUUUAGGUGAAUUUCAUGAGAAAGCAGUGUUGCCUAAGGCGAUUACUGCUUCUUUUUUGACUCUUAUACCGAACAAGGAUCAUCCUCAGGAUCUUUUUUACUACUGUCAUAUAUGCCUGAUUGGAAGUUUGUACAAAAUUCUAUCUAAAAUCCUAGCAAAUCGUUUGAAAAAGGUGUUGGGGAACUUGAUAUCCAUGUGCCAAUCAGCUUUUCUACCUCAACGACAAAUUUUGGAUGGGGUAGUGGUUCUUAAUGAAAUCAUUGAUCUCACCAAAAGAAGGAAGGAUAGUUGUUUAUUGUUCAAAGUUGAUUUCGAGCGAGAAUACGAUAUUGUUAGUUGGGGAUUUUUGGAAGGUAUGAUGCGCAAAAUGGGCUUUGCUGAAGUGGAAGGCUUGGCUGGUAUGAUGAACAAAGCGGUUGAUAUAAGAAAAUUCAAAGGUUUCAAGAUCAAUGAAAAUCUUUAG